AAGAUGGUUUGCCAGCCACCAAUAAACACCACAGAAGAAGAAUAAGGCGGAAGUUAGCAUCGCAACCAAAGCUGCAGCGACAACGAGGCAAGGUGCAAGUGUUUUCCAUUUAGUGUUUGAACUGUCUACGACAUCAACAUGUUGAAAGAGUUGGUAAGGGAGCGACUAAUCACGGCCGCCGAGGAAAUCUUCGGACUGUUUGAGAAAACGAUAGCGUCGUACGAGGAGCAACUUUGUCGGGCGAGAGAGGAGACCGAGCGACACCGACGACAACUGGAAGCUGUUUGCAACACUCAAAUUGUGAUACGCGUCCAAGAGGUUGGACAAGUGAUUGCUCGUCAGGAAGAACUUCCCACUGAGCCGCAGGAGGGCAGCUCCAGUUUGGAGCAAGAAUAUCCACAGCCCCCCCACGUUAAAGAGGAAGUGGAGGAGGCCGACAUCAGCAAGUUGCCACUGACUGGUGUCUUUGUGGAGAGUGAACACGCCGAACCACGCAAGUCAUCAGUGGGUCAACAUUGCAGUCCAAGUGGAGACCAUCAUGGAGGACCACCACCAGACAACCUCUUUGCUUCAUUGUCAGACCGUGAUGACAUGAAAGAAUCUUUGAUGAGCGACACAGACUGUAAAGGUGACAAGAAACAGUUGGAAUUCUCUGAAAAGGAGACCACUCUAAAUAAGAAAGCUUUUGAAACGCACAUAAGAACACUCACGCGGGAAAACUCCCUUAGUUGCUCGUUAUGUGGCAAAAUAAAGGAAACCAUGCUCAAACACAUGACAACACACGUAGUAGAAAAACCCUUUAGUUGCUCAGCGUGUGGUAAGUCAUUCUCUCAAAAGCCGAAUAUGUUAUCGCACAUGAAAACACACACAACAGAAAAACCUUUUUGUUGCUCAGUGUGUGGUAAAAGUUUCACUGCAAAGGCAGUUAUGGUGAAACACGUGAGAACACACACAGGAGAAAAACCUUUUAGUUGCCUAAUUUGUGGAAAAGCAUUUUCUCAAAAGCCACAUUUGGUGUCACACACGAGAACGCACACUGGAGAAAAACCUUUCGGUUGCUCUGUCUGUACUAAAACAUUCUCUACUAAGUCACAAGUGGUAUCACACAAGAGAAUACACACAGGAGAAAAACCCUAUAAUUGUUCAGUUUGUGGUGGAAAUUAUGCUCGUAAGUCCUCUUUGACUGCACACAUGUGGACACACAGCAAAGAGGGAAUAAAUGUUCAGUAGUACCCUGAAAUUCUGUUGAGAUUCGACGCAAGUUCUGUUUUCAUUGAACUUUGAAAUAUGAAAAUUGAAUUGAAUGUAUUCUUCUGAAGAGCUGUACAGUAAUUGUUGUUUUGAUGUGCUCUACAGUAUAAUUCACUGAUGUCAUUUUCAUUGUUCUGCACAUCUGAUUCAUCAAUGAUGUCUUCACUCAGUUUAUAUAUCUUAAUGGGAAACGAUUUACUCAUGUUUGUGUUAGUCACCUAGAAAGUGAUGCGCUGCUGUAUGUGCGUAAAUCUGUCAUUGCCCAAAUACUUUCGGAUUUAACACACAAUGUGUUCACAAAAGCA